AUGGCACCGAGACGCUCGGUAUCGUGGCUUCUCUUGGCGGCGAAUCUCCAUCUAACCGCUGGACGUGGUAUUACCAUCACUCCUAGCUCCAUCUCAGCCAAGAAGCAGACGCAGAUCACCUUCACAGGAGCCAAGAAUGGCGACAAAGUGUUCUUUACCAAGGCCGAAUGCUCUGCUGUGACGGAUGAUGCUGCUGCUGUGAUCAAGAACGGCAGAGCAGCAAUCACCGUUGCUGAGGAAGCGAGCGGCCUGAAGCUUUGCCUGAAGCCGGCGGGUGGUGCAAUCGCCGAGCAGGCUGGAGUUAGCUUGAAUGUCAUCAAACCCACACCGCCCUCGGUUGUGGAAUCGGUCAGUCGCAGCUCCAUCACCCGAGGGGUCACGACAUCGGUGACGCUGAAGGGAGCUCAAGCCAAUGCAAAAGCAGUCUUUGUCCCCGUUGAAAAAGAUUGCAGUGACGCAUCUCCCAAAGCAGUUUUGAAUGUGGACGGGAAAGGUUCCUUCACCAUCCCCACCGCAGGCAAGACCGGAGAGUAUAAGCUUUGCUACCAGUCUCCUGGUGGGAGCGAUUCAGUGCAGCAGACGGCGGCCAAGGGUGUUGUGAAGCUGCAGGUUCAAGAAUCUGCUACAACAAGCCAAGAUGAAAUCACAGGCAUCUCACCAAGCCUGAUCACAGUGAACGUGCCGACUGUGGUGUCCUUCACCGGUGCUGCGACAGGGGACAAAGCUGUUUUUGUACACUCGGCAUCUUCGGACUGUGCAGCGGUCACGCCGGAGAAAGAUGUUGGCGCUGGACAUGCGAUGUUCACCAUUACGACGGCAGGUGAGUACACCUUGUGCUAUCGAUCUGCGGGUGCACAGGACUCUGUUGCCCAGAAUGGAGAAGGGGUGAAACUGCAGGCCCGAGCGGUGUUGGACCUGCCCGGCAUGGGACCUGCUUCAUUUUAUGUGGCAUUUGCUUUAACUUUUGAGACUGUCGCUGUUGUGCUUCUGGUACCGCUUGUGCUGCUGCUUGCUGGUAAGUUUUUAGUUAUUGAAGUUUUCGUCACUCUGGACACUGUCGUGAUGGUUGAUAUCCAAUGGGCCCUCAAUCGGCGCGGUAAGAUGGCGCAGACUUUUGCGGAUGAUCAUAAGAUUGAUGAGCUGGUUGAGAAAGUCCCGGCAGGUUGGUUUUCCUUCGAGUACUUCCCGCCGAAGACCGCGGAGGGCGUCGAAAACCUGCGCAAGCGGAUUGUGAAGAUGAAGGCCCUGGGCCCUCUUUUCACAGACUUCACUUGGGGAGCUGGUGGCUCCACAUCGGAGCUUACCUUGAAGCUCACCUCGGCUGCCAAGAACGAGUUUGGCACCGUUGCCAACAUGCACUUGACCUGCACUAACCAGAGCUCCGAGAUGACGGAGAAUGCUUUGAAGGAGUGCAAGCAGCUGGGAGUGCGCAACAUCGUUGCCCUCAGGGGUGAUCCUCCCCGAGGUCAGGAGAAGUGGACGGCCACCGAAGGUGGCUUCAGCAGCGCUCUGGAUCUGGUCAAGUUCAUCAGGAAACACUUCGGCGACUACUUCUCAAUCUCCGUGGCAGGCUAUCCUGAAGGGCACCCCGACAACAUUGAGACGGUUGAAGGCGGGGUGGCAGCUCUGACCGAGUCCGAAAAGCGAAGGGCACGAGUGGUGAAGGAUGCCUCCGGCAAAGAGACUGUGACCGUCUGCCGCGAUGCCAAUUUCCACAAGGAGAUGGUGUAUCUGAAGGAGAAGGUCGAUGCCGGUGCCGGCUUCGUCAUUACUCAGAUGUUCCUGGAUGCCCAG